AUGGACCAGCCACCACAAAUCCUCCGUAUCAAGCGGAAGAGGACACAAGACCCGCUCCAGGCAUUGAUCUUGGAAGGAAGAGACCCCAAGAGAUCAAAACCAUCCACGCCGAUCGCCUCCAGAUACACAUCACCAGUGCACACCCCAAGACCACCGUCACCUAAUGAGGUUGCCAAACGCUUCUACAAGUUGUCGAGAACCGAUGCGUUGACCACGGGCGAAGAGCAAUCGGUGAUUGACUCGGUUCUUAGGGUGGCAGGAGGCGAGGAAGACGACGAUAGCUCUGCUCCUGUUCGCAAGUCAAGAAAGAGGAAGUUCAUCAUCCCUCAAAACCAGAGCCAAGAAGAUGCCGAGAUCCCCAAUGAGCUCUCGGAUAUGGUUAACUCAUACCUCAAUGUCAACGAGGACGAGAACGGAAGCCGUCGCAAAAAGAGAAUUAGAAACAAGGUACCAGAAAAUGAGGGCAGCGAGCCUUCUGGAGUCCAGGAAGACUCAGACUACGUCUAUGACGUGUACUUGUUGUCCAAUAAUGAGCCAAUGACCACUGCAAACCAUCCACAGGCUCAGAUUGGGUACAUUCGCUUCUUUGAUGAUGAAGACCUGUUGUAUGUGUCCGACGAAGAAGACAAUAAACCUGUAGUCUUGUCUGACGACGAAGACUCCAAUGCCGAGGACUUCUAUCAAAAUGACUACCCCAGUGAUGAGGAUGCCGGUGUAUACAGCGACAGCCACGAAAUAGUUGACGACGAGGCAGAACUCGCAAACGAAUUGAAUGAAGAUGACUACGACUAUGACUAUGAGGGAUCCUACUUGGCCGAGGACAAUUUUGAUGACACAGAUUUCAAGAGGAACAAGUUCUUCGAGUCCGACGAGCAUGAUCCUAUGGCUAUUCAUCGCGAUCGUAUAUUUGGAAAGUUGGAGAAAAUGAUAAAUGAGAGCUAA